UGGAGGUCUGAGUGCAACAAAGACAAAACAUAACAGACAACGGCAACAGGAAACGAUUUUCAGCCGAAUUUCAAUUGGGAGAUUUUACUGGAUCAAUUCUCACCUUCAGAAGCGUCUGUCGAGUGUUCUGCUGUGUUCUUGGGUUUGAUCACAGAGUUGUGCUUUGGAAGACUAAAAGUUUAUAUUUCUUCAUUCGCCUAUGACCAAGACCUCUUUGGAGUGAUAACACACAUACAAAUGAUGGCUUUUCUGUCCUGCUUUGGAUUGAGUCUCCCGGUUUGCCGCCGAAGAGAGUGAAAGACAAGACACUGUGGAUGUUUAUACUUUCAUAAUUUUGGAGCCAGUUUCAUUACAUUAUUCCAUUAGGAUUUCCCAGGUGCCCGCUUUUAGUGCGCCAACAUGGGUUCGGUGUCACUAUAGCGCAACGUAUCGCCAGAUUUCGGGCUUUUGUUUUCUGCUUCUGUGCGUCUCACUCUCCAAGAGAGUAGCGAUUCGGACAUCAUAUAACCCGCAUAUCACCUUUGGAAUAUUCACCAUGAACUUUGUUGUCAGCUUGGUACAAUUCCUUUUAGCGGCGGUCCUUCAUCUGUCCGCAGUAAAGUGUGCUCACAUACCCAAGGAAGGAGGAAAGGGCAAAAAUGAAGUGAUUCCCUUCCUGGAGGUGUAUAAGAAGAGCAGUUGCCAGCCCCGGGAGACGCUGGUGGAGGUGCAUAAAGAGUACCCGGAGGAGACGGAGUUCUACUUCCACCCGUCCUGCGUGGUGCUGAUGCGCUGUGGCGGUUGCUGCGGCGACGAGUCCUUGGAGUGCCUGCCCACGGAGACGCGCAACGUCACCCUGGAGCUAAUGCGAAGCAAUCCACACAGAUCGCAACAUCAAUUACAGAUGAGUUUCACGGAACACACAACGUGUUCGUGCCAACAAAAGCAAGAAGUGAAAGUAAAGAAAGAAAAAAAACCCAGGGAGGGGAGGGGCAAGGGCCUAAAGAGAAAGAGAAAAAGAGAGAGGGAGGCGUCCGGCGUCAGGCUGGAGUUCUACACCAGCGCUUCACACGCUCAGCUCCUGGGCCACACGGGCAGUCUCUCUCUCUUGAUCUUCUUUGGCUUGCUGGCCGCGGAGCUACUCUGCUCCGUCUAGUAACGAAUACUAAUCAUAAAACCUCGAGACUGAGACAAGUGACAAGGCGACGCGGAACAAUACCAUGACAACAAAAACACAAAAAGACACACAUGUCCCCAAGGGACAGAGCUCACCCCUAAUUUCUCCAUCCCUCACCAUCCGUUUACCCCUGCCCCCUUCCACAAAACAACAUCUCACCUUUGACAACCCCCCCCCCCCCCCCCCACACCCAUUCCAAUCAUUUUCAUUCAUUGACUGGUAGCUCUCCACUCCACUGUGCGUCCUAUUUAUUGUAGCAUGAACGCGACACCAGAACCUCACCCCCACCCCUACUUAGAGGCUAACGCGAUACGAAGUGUGGUGACAGUGUGGUGAUGGCCAGCGGAGAGGGGGGGCUGGCAGGUAACUGGCCUCUCAAGUCAUGUCACAGUCACAUCAUGUCACGUCCGUCCGCAUGACUCUCUCUACUGUACUGUAUGCUUGUUUAAGGGGACACUAACCAGCCAGAGAGGAGCAGGCUGAGGCACAGUCUUCACCUCCUCUUACUCCUCAUCGUUCUUCUUCUCCUUCUCCUCCUCCUUGUCUUUCUUGUUUUCCCAUCCUCCCUGUCCACAUUCUUCUUCUUCUUCUUCUUCUUCUUCUUCUUCUUCUUCUUCUUCUUCUUCUUCUUCUUCUUCUUCUUCUUCUUCUUCUUCUUCUUCUUCUUCCUGUUCCACCACUGGAGCCUCAACGUGACACCUCCUCUCUGGCUGUGGUGUUGUUGAUGUGUAUACAUACUGUAUUGCCACUGCCAGAUAGCUGUAUUGUUGCUGCUGGUCAGCUGUAUUGCAGGUAGUGGAUAGCAGGGCGGCUGGCUUGGUUUCAAUGGCCGUUCGUGCCGCAAUGUUGUAUGUGGGAAUGUGGCUAUAUGGCGUGUGCAGGGGACUGUGUAAGGGAGGCUUGCACAUGACAAAGGCCAAAGUACAAAGUACAAGAGAGGAGGCCGUCGGAAAGGGAGGAAGUGGUGGUUCUGUGGGCGACUGUAAGGGGGGUGGGGGGUAGUGCAUGGUUUGGAGUGGCCUCUAUUAAAAUAUAGACUCUAAGUGUUCACAUUUACCAAGGCAAGUCCGCUCCUUGUUGUCGCCAAGUACACGAGCACUGAAGUGUCAUAAAAAAUCAUAAAAAAGAUACUGCACCCUCUCAACCAAAGGGAGUUAAGGACGUGUAAGUCUAUUUUUACUUCGGCUCGCCCCCACCUGGUGCCACCCCCCACCGCACCACCACCCUCACCCUUACAUCUACUGCUCCACAUCACCACCACCCCACACCCACACCCCUUCUCCUUUAAAUCUCACCAAGGAGUGAGCGAACUGGGACUGUGCCAGCGGCGAGAUUAGGGCGAGAGGAGAGAAUGUGCCGCGCGCUAAUCCAUACGUACAUUGAGCCUGUGCUUGUAAGCCUCUGGCCCAUUAAAAUGCCAAGCUCAUGUUCACCUGUCUCGAGUCCUGUACUGUUGCUGUUGCAUUUCUCGAAACUAUACUUGCUAACUACAUUAGCUACUUUGCUGUUUGCAAUGCAAUUUCCCAUUGGCAACUAUGGACGUUGCUAACUGGCUAGCAACUACACUUUCGAGCCCUGUACCAGUUGCUGUUGCUGCUGCUGCUCAUGCUGCUGCUGCUGCUGCUGCAUGUCACCAUACCACCUCCAUGUCCCCUGGAUGGGGACGCCAUGUACUGUACAUUACAAUCAUCGUGGAACAUGGAACGCCCUAUGUGCCAUACACGUGUCACCUCCUCGUCUCAUGGAUCUUUAACUUUAAGCUGUGUUGUUUGUUGUCAAUGUCAAUGUUAAGUGUGUGGGCUUUGUCACAUCACACAUGAACCUGUCAUAAAUGGUGUGUGUGUGUGCGUGUGCGUGCGCGUGCGUGUGCGUGCGUGUGUGUGUUAUACAGGCUCAUGUGUGUGUCCCCAUAAGUGUUCAUCGUUGCUUUAAUGUUGCCAAGAAAUCUUAUCACACAUGUGUGCCUCUGAGUGUGUGUGUGUGUGUGUGUGUGUGUGUGUGUGUGUGUGUGUGUGUGUGUGUGUGUGUGUGUGUGUGUGUGUGUGUGUGUGUGUGUGUGUGUGUGUGUGUGUGUGUGUGUGUGAGAGAGAGAGAGAGAGACACACCAUGUGUGCAUAAGACUCCACCACAAGCUUCUCCGUCCCACCCAUCACAAAAGCUGUCUCUGCUUCCUUUCUUAACACAAGUCUCUCUUUAACUGUGUGUAUUACCUUACCAGCCCUGACCAACCAUUUCAUCCCCUGCUACCUCCAUUAACGCCUCCCAUACCUACCUACCUACCUACCUCCUCGCCAGGCUGUCUAACUAGCCCGUGUCACCCAUUUGCUUUACUCAUGUGCUACUUUAAUGACACUUAACCAGCCUGAGAAUUAUGAGGUUGUAGUUGCUUACACUGUUCUUGUAGUUCAGAACGAGGAGGAGGAGGAGGAGUUUGGAGUUUCGAGGUUGGAGGUAUCAUGUGAUGAAGGGGGUACAGAGAGCGGUUGUGUUUUGAAGGGGAGGUGGGGUGUGGGGAGGUGUUGGCUGGAGUGGGGGCCAGGGGCAGGGGCAGGGGGAUGGGACAGGAUGGUGCAUGAGUUGUCUGUCUUUCCCUCUCUGCCCAGAACGCUUUAGCUUAGUCUCUCUCUCUCUCUCUCUCUCUCUCUCUCUCUCCCCUCUCCCCCACUCUCUCUUUCUCCCUCCCUCCCUCCCUCCCUCCCUCUAUCUCUCGUUCU